GAAAACUUAGUAUUGAUUCCCAUGUCAGGAGGAAGUUCAAAGGAUGCACCCUGAUGCUAAACAUCGGCUAUCUCAAAUGUUGGUCUAAUCAUUAUUAUAAAGCAGCAAAAUCAACUGCACACUUUGAGGCCUUCUCACAAUGCCUUUUGGUAGAGGCUCUGAGCUGCUCGACCAGCACACAGGCCUCGAGCCACAUCAACAUCGGGCCCUGCAGCUCGAAUGAGGGCGACACAUCUGUAUUAAGCAAUGAAACCACUUCAUAUAUUGGAAAGCUCUCAGAUCCAAUGGAAGACAAAAAUUUAUUUCUUGAAGUAAUGCCAACAGAUGACUCGCAGAUGAAACAGAUGGUGGUUGAGCUUGAUAAAGGCAUGAUUAACUCAUUUGUUCUGUGUUUAGAGGAGCAGAAGGUGAUCAGAUCAUUUCAGCAAGAGUUGAAUUAUUUAAAAGAAGAAAACAAAAAAGUGAGUAUUCUAUUGUUG